UUGUUUACAUACUGAUCAGCUGUCAGGGUUCUGUCAUUUUUUCAGCCACCAACAGCAGUGAUAUCGAAAGGAUGGAACAAACAGAGUGGACACGUAUCUUCCAAAAGAAAGUAGAUGAUCUAAAUAAAGGAGACUACUGGCGUUUGCAGUUUGAUGACAGUAUUGUUCCCAAUAGCCCAAACCAGGGCUGGAAGCAGUACAUCAGGAACACAGGUGCAAGGUUCAAAUGCACCACGUGCGGAAGAAGCUGGCCAUCCAAUAAAGCGAUGGUGGUCUUUCACAUGCAGCUGAUAGGAGGACAGGGCACUGUCAAGAUAAGGCGCAUGCGUCAGAACUGCAAGCAGUGCAGUGCAGCUCCAAUGGAGAUUCCCAGCAUCACCUCUGAGAACAUCGACAUCCUCCUUGAGAAUCUGGUGGAGAAGAUAAGAGAAAAAUGCUACCAUGAAGACCUGGGCAGAGGGAACAAACCUUUUGUAAACCUGGAAGUGAAAAGUCCCCAUGAGCCAGCUCAUUGUGAGGCUUGUAUUCAAGGAAUCUGUACAAGAGGUUCAGCAUCUCUUGCUCCAGCCUUUUUUAAUUAAAAAAUAUGAUAUUUAUCUCAGGCUGCCUUAUAUCUAUUCAUAUAUAUAUAAUUACAAGUUUAAAUGAGGUUUUAUGGGGUUUUAAUGAGGUUUUAUGCUUAAAUUCAGUUUAGCAACACAUCAAUAGUAUAAAACUGGUCUGCUUAAAUGAAUUAAACAUGCAUUCUUACAAACAAACUGAACAGUAAAACAGUAAAAGAUAAAUAAAAAUUAUUCAUGCAUUUAAUGAAUUGCAUUUGUGAUAAUUUGUAGUGUUUUUUAAAAAAAUGGUCUACUAUUUAUUCACAUAUAUAUAAUAACAACAAUAUUAGUAGUAUUUUUGUUGUUGGUGUGGUUGUUGUUGUUAUUGUUAAUAUUGUUAAUUAUAAUAAAUGAUAUUAGUUAUAAAUACAAUUAUAAUACAUGAAAACAUAUAGAAAAGUAUGAAAGAAUGAAUCAGUACAUGUUGUUAAGUGUAAAUACAAACAAGUUGACUUGGUUGUUAUAACAAUUCAAAAUAAAUAUUCUGUUGGCA